UCAGCCGUUGAUCUCAUGAAACUCUUCUUCAUCGUCUCCAUCUCGUUCACACUAUAAAUACCCUUCUUCUUGUUAAACAAGCCAAUCCACGAAGCUCCACAAGAGAUCCCCAUCUCGCUCUCUCUCAGAUCCAGAUCCCCAUUCCCCUCCAAAACCCUAACCCUAACCCUAAUUCUCGCUCCGAUCAUGGGUGCCUCGUCGCCGGCGAGCGGCAGUGGGCGCCUCUUCACCUUCGGCCUCGUUGCUUCAUGGUACUCAUCCAACAUCGGUGUGCUUCUUCUCAACAAAUACCUCCUCUCCAAUUACGGAUUCAGGUACCCGAUCUUCCUCACGAUGUGCCAUAUGACUGCAUGCUCGCUCUUCAGCUACGCUUCUGUGGCGUGGCUCAAGCUCGUGCCCUUGCAGACCGUGCGGUCACGGAUCCAGUUCUUGAAGAUCGCCGCUCUCAGCCUUGUCUUCUGUUUCUCCGUCGUUAGCGGCAAUGUUUCGCUGAAGUACCUGCCGGUGUCGUUCAAUCAGGCUGUCGGCGCCACCACGCCGUUCUUCACCGCCUUGUUCGCGUAUUUCAUGACAGUGAAACGCGAGUCCUGGAUCACUUAUUUCACUCUCGUUCCGGUUGUUACCGGCGUCAUCAUCGCCAGCGGGGGAGAACCAAGUUUCCACUUGUUUGGAUUUCUAAUGUGCAUUGGUGCUACUGCCGCAAGAGCACUUAAGUCAGUCUUACAAGGGAUUUUAUUAUCUUCCGAAGGGGAGAAGCUAAAUUCUAUGAAUCUUCUACUAUACAUGGCUCCCAUGGCUGUUUUUUUCCUACUUCCCGCUACAAUCUUUAUGGAGGAAAAUGUGCUAGGUGUCACCCUAGCACUUGCUAAGGAAGACAAGAAAAUCAUUUGGUAUCUACUUUUCAAUUCAUCCUUGGCGUACUUUGUUAAUCUGACUAAUUUCUUGGUCACUAAACAUACAAGUGCCUUGACUCUUCAGGUUCUUGGUAAUGCCAAAGGUGCCGUGGCGGUUGUCAUUUCGAUAUUGAUAUUCAGGAACCCCGUCUCCGUGACGGGGAUGUUCGGUUACACCCUUACAGUCAUUGGUGUCAUUCUUUACAGUGAAUCUAAGAAGCGUAACAAGUGAAAAUCAUAGUGAGGAGGUUUUACUUUAAGUCCAGCAGGUUCUGGUGCUUGCUCUGCUUUUGAAAGACUCAAGAGCAGAGUGAGUGCAUUGUAUAAUAUAUCAUCAGACUAGAGAACCAGUUUAAACACAGUGAGCUGGAGAACGAAACAAAAACAAAGAAAAGUGAUCGAAUUUAUAAUUUUUUAGGGAUUUUUUUUACCAUUUUGGUUAAUUGUUGGAUGGGCGAAAAGCUCAUAAGGCUCAUUUUGUAAUUUCAAGAUGUCCUUAAAAAGAAAUUUGUAUCGCAUGUAUAAUGUAUAUUAUACAUGAUGGUAUAUCAAUUGGCAAACAAAAUUCAUUAUGAUUUCA